UGAGACUACACAAUAUUCUCGAUGGCUCACUUGACACGAUCUGCAAAAACUUCAGGUGAAUGGACUCACCGUGACCUCAUGGCAUACAAUAUCAAUAUAGUAACUCAGUCAAAACAACAAUUCUUCCAUACAGCACUCCUUCGACAACCUGAUAACCCCUCACUGAAUGGUUUCAUGUCCACCUGGCUUCGACAAAAUGCAGCAGAUGACGAGACUGCAAAAUUACUGCAUUACCUGGAAAUUGUGGAUGAAUCAGGUGGCCACGAGGCAGCAAUAGACAACUUUGUUGCGAAGUUAUUGGAGAAGCUUGAAUAUGAUGGUGAUGAUGGGAUCAUUUUCGUUUCCCAUGGUUAUCCUUUCGACAUCGACGGAGAGACUUGUACAGCACGAGCCAAUGUCUGCAUUAUUAGAGAAGAUCGGACAACUGUCAUGCUGGUGCAGGACAAGAAGUUGAAAGAUCCAGAACCCCAGGUCAUUGCAGCAGCUAUUGCUGCAUUUGCAAAUGACAACGAAAUCCGGUCCAAGAGCCGUCGGCCUCGUCUUCCCACCAUCACUUUUCCGGCCAUCACUAUGCAUGGCACCUAUCCAAUCUUCUACAAAAUCACAGUCACGGCUCAACUAUGCCAGGCCGUUGCAUGGGGAAUGUAUCCCCCAACAACAACACAUGUUCUUCGAUAUAUUCCGGACCUUCCCCUACCCUAUAACGAAGGAAUGCACUUUCUCCAGAACAGAAUUGAGAUCUUGGCUUGCCUGGAGGCAUUCAAGCAAUUCUUGCAGAACUGACAGGUGGACUCUUUGCUUCGUUUGUCAAUAUACUGGCCUAAUGAUGGUUUUG